AUGAAAGGGCGCCGGUCUCAUCAGAAGUCACGCAGUGGUUGUCUAAAGUGCAGACAGCGAAAGGUCAAGUGUGGGAAAGAGAAGCCAACCUGUAGCAACUGCAGGAAACAUAGUGUAGGCUAUUAUUUUGCUCCGAGGAAGAUCGACCACCUAUCAUCUGCCAGUCAAAACGUGGCCCCCUUUCCACUCCCAGGGGCGAUCCUUUCCACUUCCCCAGCUACUGCACAUUAUACUACAUCCACCGCCUAUAAAUUCUCACUCCAUCCGCUGCUGCAAACAUUCUGGCGAGUGGAAGUCCCACAAAUCGGUUUUGCCGCUCCAUACACUCUCCGUGUAAUUCUAGCCAUUUCAGCUCUACACUUAGCUUAUCUGCGUCCGGACAAGACACAGCUCCAUCUUUCUCAGGCGAGCACUCGUCAUGAAGCAGCACUGAGGCUCGCUACACCCGAAAUGGCAAACAUCAACCCAGAUAACUCGGCUCCUCUCAUAGCCAACUGGCUUCUCCUUAUCCGGGGUACGGGCACUAUCCUUAACUUUGUCGACGAAUCGCUCAAAACGGGACCAUUAGCAUCGAUGCUAAGCGUCCGGGCUCAAUUCCGUAAAUUUGAACCAACCACGCAACAUCAAGCUCUAGAAGGACUGCGCCAGCUUGCCCUGAGUGAGAUCCAGGAUCAACACAUGCCAUUCGUGAUGUGCCUGGAGCAUAACCUCAGGCUUGAGACUGCAGAUGUCUUUAUCUGGCUAAUGCGGGGCUGCAGUACUCACCUUAUGUCGCAGAUCCAUAACCAGAUCGGUCCGGUACAUCGGGUAUGGGUUCGAUAG